ACGUCCCCAAUCACACGGCGGGUCGCUUUCUCCCUCCGCCCCCGGCUUCUCCCCCCCGUUGGACUCCCCGUCAUCCUCCCCCUACUUAGCUUCCCAUCCCCCCGUCUCUCCCUCCCUCCCCCCUUCCCCUCGAGCGAUCACGGAGAGGAGAACCACAGGGUGAGGUACCGGAUCGAGCUUCUCGGUCAGCAUGGUGCCCAGGGACAUGGUGAAUGCCCCCGCCGAGAGGCUGCACGUCCAGGGGUCUGUCGUGAACAGGAAGUGCGAGAAGAAGGUGCCAAAGAAAAUCCAUAAGUCGGAGAGGGAGAAACGGAAGCGAGGCACACAGAAUGACCUCUUUAAUGAGUUGGGAGCCAUGCUAGAACCAGACAGGCAGAACAACGGGAAGGCAUGUGUAUUGGGUGACACUACACGGAUACUGAAGGAUUUAGUUUCACAAGUGGAAUCUCUUCGGAAGGAGAAUAGCACACUGAAGAAUGAAUCUCACUAUGUUGUGUUGGAGAGAAAUGAACUGCGUGAUGACAACAGCAUGCUUCGCAAUGAAAUCCUGGAGCUUCAGAACAAGCUUAGAGUGCGUCUGCAAAGCAACCCUAUUUGGAGCCAGGAUACUACAAGAUCAGCCGUUGCAGUACCUUAUCCCACAAGCGGAAUGUUCCCAGUACAACAUUCGCCACAUUCACCAGUCAUCACCUCGACGGCACUUUCACUGCAACCUGUAAUCACUGAGCAAUGCUAUGCCGCCCCACCACGAGAGCUGCAGCUCUUCCCGGAAGCUUCAUCUGCAUCCACUGAAGACAGCGAACUGUCACAAGACCAGGGGAUUUCCAAUAAUGUGACACGGCCCCAGGCACGGUACCCAACACCAGCGGUGAUGUCGCCAGUAAACGAAUUCCCAAUCCUUCCAAGGAUGGGGGAGGAGCAACAAUAUAGUAGUGGCACUAGCGAGGAAGACGGUGUGCACAGGGUUUAAGUACAUAACACAAUUUGCUUCACCGUCUGAAAAGUUUCUUAGUGUGAGUGGAGUGACUGCAACAGAUACAUAUGUAGCUGUGUAUGUAAACUCCAACCUGUCUCCCAAUCUUGGUCUUAACGGGUUAAAUAGGUGAUAAUAAAAACUGCUUUACCCCCGAA